AUGUUUAUGUCCGGAGAUAGCGCAGGCUCAUACUUCAAUCACAACCCUAGCGGCUUUCUCCCUAUAUGUAUGCGUAUCAAGGCUACUGCGCGAGUACGUACCAGUUUCCUCGUCCAAGAUGGCGAUCGGAUCGAAGAUAGAACUAGGACGGGUAAUUUCUAUACUCUUUGUGUUUUUUGUUAAGCUUUUUUUAAAUUUUAGUUAGGUCAGGUCAUACUUGGAUCAAUAGUGAUGUCGUUUUUAUUAUUACAUCAAAUUUUCAAGCAAGGGCUAAGACUGCCCGGGAAUUCUUUUUCCAACACAGGUAUUGCACGUCUGAUGGUUUUUAUUUCGUAAAACAAUGCAUUUGAUUAACCUCUUUACACGAGAUGUAACGAAAAGUGACCAUUCCCUGCAAAUUUUAAACUUUUUUCUAGUAUGUUGAGAGGCCAGAGGUAAUAAAAUAAGAAAGUUUUACUCCUUUUUCCUCUGACAUGAAGUAUGUACUGUGAAUGGCUGAGAGCUCAUAGCCCGAUUUUCGAUUAAUUUUGAAGCCAAUACCAAAGAAAUUUAACGUUUUUGCAGAUUGUUCUUUAUGUGUUUUUUCCUGUGGCAAUAUUCUUCUACUUUAAUAUGCCAGGAUCAUAUGAAGACUUCAUGACACAGAAGAAGGUUAGUGGUAUACUUGUUACUUCUUACUAGGGCAAAAGUAGGUCCAGUUUAAACAGUUAUGAUAAUUGAUGAUAGUUAUCAAUAUCAAGCACAUUUGAACACAAACUAUCAUGCACUAUCAUUUACUAUCAUCAACUAUCAUGUAGUUCGGACAUGUUCAAAUUUGAACUGAUAGUUGAUGAUAGUUUUUGCCACUUGAAUGAGCAGUUGAUAGGUAGUGAUAUUUUCUCAGUCGGCAGUCUUGCUAAGAAUGGGCAUAAACCAAAACAACAAAUAACAAAAUGACCUAAGUUAAAGUUUCAGUAUCUUCUACUCACAACUUCUUGACUAACAUUUUAAAUGCCAUUGAAAUUGUGGACCUCAGGACAUGCCAUAUUUGUUUACAAGUAAGCAAUCCCAUCACAUGAUUUUGUUAGCUAUCAUCAAACAUCAUGAACCAUUUGAGCUCAAAUAUGAUAGCGGAGCUUGCAGAGCAUAGCCCCAUAAUUAUACAAAAUAGUAGUAACCCAUCAAGCCGAAAAAAUUUGGAUGUACCACCAUACAACCAUACGACCAUACAAGGUGCUACAUGCGUGGUCAACUGUACCGCGGGCACGCCAACACCACGGCUUUGUCCAGUAGUCCAGUGGUCAGUGCACUGGGCUCUGAGUCAGACGACCCAGGUUCUAGUCCUGGCCAGGGCAAGGCAUUGUGCCCUUGAGACGUGCGGGAAAAAAAUGCAAGGUCCACUUUUAGGCUUGGUUAAAUCUAUACAUUAGUCAAUAAUAGUGAAUGAAUAUUGAAACUCUCAUCAACUACCAUGACCAUCUGAAUCAGGUUUUUGUGUUCAUUGGACUAAUGAAUAGAACAAACACUUUGACUUUUUGACUUUAACUGUCCUUCUCUAAGCCAUUUUCAGCAUUAAUUCCAGCAAUAAUUAUAAUACAGCAAUGCAUAUACAAUAUAUUUCAAAUUUCUUGCUGAUCCAUAUUUCUGCUGAUAUUUUUUCACAGAAAGAACUUUACCCACCAGAUGAAGAGUGCAAUGUAAGACUUUGUUAUUUAUUGUACACUCUGUACCAGUAAGUUUAAACAGGGCUCCAAUUUUGAUGUCUUUGAUGGCAGAAUUGCCUGCAGGAUGGUUAAAUGACAGUUUGCUUCUCAUUGUUGUAUAGAAACCUCCAAACACGACUGAAGGCUUAGCAAAAGCGUGGGAAAAAAUCUUAAAGGAGAAAAAAGACAAGACACAAAACUGA